AUGAACACCUUCCACCUCGUGCAGACUCUGGCUGAGUCGUUUGUGGCGCUUGCCGACGAGGUGCAGUCGCUGGUCGAUCUCAAGACCAUUCUCGAGCACAAGCUGCGCUAUGCACAUGAGCAGUAUCAACUGCUCGCGGACAAGUAUGCUCCUGCAGUCCCCGAGAUCUCCGAGACUCUAGCGCGUCUCCAGCUCCCAGACCUGCAGCAGCCGCCGUCGGCGUCGUCGACGGUCCCCCUGCCCAAGCGUCGCCCGGGAACCAGCCAGCACGAGCUCGCUUUGCUAAUCCGUGAAGGUCGCCGCGCCGCCCAGAAGCUGGUCUCUGCCAUUGCUCUCACCGAGCGCGACGACAGCCGCCUGGACUCCGUGCCCGCUGACACCGAGAUGCCUACCCUCUCGUCGACCGUUUUGGAAAAGGACUUUACAGUCGAGGGCAAAAAGGGCGCCCUGGCCUGUCCUUUCUCCAAGCCUUCCAUUCCAGAGAGCACUACUCCCCCUCCAGCUGAGCAGCCCGACACCCUUCAAGAUUCCGCAAGUAACCUCAAACCCCAAAUCCCCCACUCCCCUUCCGAUCCCAUAUGUGCCGCUCUUUUGGACCCCUCUUUACCAUCCGCCUCCUCUCCCUCUAAAUGCCCCAUCCGCUUCCUCGAUAAGCACUCGCCCGAGGAAAUCGCGCGCUACGUCGAGGCCCACAAGCACAAGCUGCCGCGCAGCCACGAGGUGUGCCUGCGCCGGUACCAGCGCAACGAGGAACAGAUCCGCAAGCUGGACGCCAAGUAUGGUAAUUUGGUCAACAUGGUGCGGGACCUGAGCCAGCUGCAUCGGCCGAUGCUGCCGCAGCGGGAUUCGGAUGAGGAUCUGUCGGAGAAGGUGAAGGCCUCGGCUGGGGAGAGGGCUAAGAGGGUGGAGGAGUGGACUAAGGGCGUGGAGCCAGGGGUUCCUGGGGAAGGGGAAGACAAGGGGGAGGUGAGGGAGAGCAGGUUUGAUCGGCCGUUAAGGGAGGUACGUGUUGGGGAGUCGCCUAGCCGGCCAUGGGGCAUUUCGGUGCCUGUCUCGACAAGGAGGGAGCCAUCGGUACCGAGGCCGGUUGAGGCUGGGCAGGCGGCGGAGGCGCCGAGGAAAUGUCCUUUUGAUCAUACCAAGCUGGGGUUUGGCGAGUCUGAGGGGCAUCCCCCUUCUGAGCCGAAGCCUGCUCCCCAGCCACAGGCGACUCCGUCUGCUCAGGAACAACCCCAGCAGGCACAGGCACAGCAGCGCUCGUCGAGCACCCCGCAGCCGACGUUUAUUACAAUGCCGGAUCCGGCGACGCCUGCCAGUCAGAAUGCUGGUAUUCCGCAAUUUGUGUUUAACAUCUCCGGCCCCGUUUUUAUUGGGUACUCAAUGGAGCAGGCGAUAGAGUUUAUGGCGAGAUUCUAUGGCCAGGCACAGGCACAGGCACAGGGUCAGAAGCAGUAA